GCCUCUCAGACAUCACCCGCUUCACUCCCCAAAAAUGGCUUCAGAAAGCAAUGAGGUGGUCAAGGAGUUCAGAUUCUUCAAAGUCUACAAGGAUGGCCGCUUGGAAUUCUUCAUGCCUCCCGUCGAGAAGAUCCCUCCCUCCGACGAUCCCAGCACCGGCGUCCGAUCCAGGGACGUCGUCAUCUCGUUGGACCCGCCCGUCUCUGCCCGGAUCUUCCUGCCCCGCAUCUCCGACCCGUCCCUGAAGCUGCCCCUCCUCUUCUACGUCCACGGCGGCGGGUUUUGCAUGCAAUCCGCCUUCUCCCGUCAAUACCACAACUUCGUCAGCACAGUCGCGGCCGAGGCUGGCGCGAUCGCCGUCUCCGUCGAGUACGGGCUCUUCCCUUCUCGCCCCAUACCGGCCUGCUACGAGGACUCCUGGGCCGCGCUCCGGUGGGUGGCGGGACACGCCGGGGGAGACGGGGCGGAGCCGUGGCUGAACGAGCACGCCGACUUCGGGCGGGUCUUCAUCGGCGGGGACAGCGCCGGGGGCAACAUAUCGCACACGCUUGCCGCCCGGGUCGGGUCGAUGGGGCUGCCGCAGGGCGUGAAGGUGGUGGGGGCGAUACUGGUGCACCCGUACUUCGGGGGGACGGAGGAUGACCAGAUGUGGCUGUACAUGUGCCCGACGAACGGCGGGCUGUCGGAUCCGAGGCUGAAGCCGGCGAAGGAGGACCUGGCGAGGCUGGGAUGCGAGAAGGUGUUGUUGUUCGCGGCGGAGAAGGAUCACCUGAUGGAGAUGGGAAUUGGGUACACCGAGGAGCUGAAGAAGAGUGGGUGGAGAGGGAGCGUGGAGCUGGUGAAGAACGUCGGGGAAGAGCACUGCUUUCACCUGUUCGACCCAACGUACGAGAAGGCCGUGGAGUUGAAGGACAAGUUCGUCUCCUUCAUCAAACACAUCUGACGGAUCGAGCCAUGAAAAUUCCGAGCAAUGUUCGAUCCGCGGGAUCAUUUGAUUCUCACUGCUUGGUGAUGAAUCUGGAUGAUUGGAUAUCUGCCAAUCCUCAUAUGUUCGUCUAAUAAUUUGCUGGGUU